GUACUCAUCUGCUCUUUUGCUCCUCAUCAUGCUGGAUUUUUUUUUUUUGCUUUUUUUUUAAUUCACACCCGAAUUCGCGCAAACGUCUGGUCAGAGCGAAGGAAAUCAGCAUAUAGAAAAUAAGACCUGAGAAAAACAACCCCAAAAUAAAAACAAAACUUUUUUUUUAAACAACAGAAGUUCCAGAAGACCAGAAAAAUGCCCCGGUCUUUCUUGGUGAAGACUAAAAGGGCAUACAGUUACCACCAACCUCGACUGUUACAAGACGGCUUCAGCAUACUGGAUUCUUUUCUGGCGCAAAUUUGCAUAGAGGCCGAACACGUUCCACCAGACGUCGACAUGAGACCGGGUCAUUUCGGCCUCCCUUCGCGGCAGUCCCAGCCGAGCAGCCGCUCCGGUGUUCGCGCCCUUUCAACGGAGUGCGAGGAUUUCUGGAGGCCGAUGUCUGCAUCACCCGCUGACAGUGAGAAGUCUUUGUCCCCUCUGGUAGACAACACUCAGUCCUUCAAUGUGCCCUUUUGGAACCCUUGCAUGGACAAAUCUGUGAGCAUGGCGCGUCCACCACUGGUGCAGCAGCAGUAUCUCUUGAAGACAAGCCUAGCAAACAGGACUUUUUACUGUUCACCAGUAAUAGAGCCACAAAGCAGAAGUCACCACCUGUUCUCCGUCGAACACCGGCUGCUGAAGAAGACGGAGGAGGUGGUGGUGUGCGGAGGCGAUGACGAGCGAUGCAGAAGGACACAGUGUUGCACCGAUGCUACUGCUCUGCUGUUUCGUGACGGGGGCCGGCCUCAAACACCCAGACUCCAGGCCUCCACUCGUCUGCUGUCUCCCAGCCUUGUCCUGAGUGUCACAUACAAAUGCAUCAAAUGUAGCAAGGUGUUUUCCACUCCUCACGGUUUGGAGGUUCAUGUCCGCAGGGCCCACAGUGGGACCAGACCCUUCGCAUGUGAAAUAUGUGGCAAAACCUUUGGUCACGGAGCCAGUCUAGAGCAACACAAAGCUGUGCACUCUCAGGACAGAAGUUUUGGCUGCAAAAUCUGUGGCAAAAAUUUCAAGAGGUCAUCGACUCUUUCAACCCACCUAUUAAUCCACACCGACACGCGACCAUACCCUUGUCAGUUCUGCGGCAAGAGGUUUCAUCAAAAAUCUGAUAUGAAGAAGCACACUUUCAUUCACACAGGUGAAAAACCUCACAAAUGUAAGGUGUGCGGCAAGGCCUUCAGUCAGAGCUCUAACCUCAUCACACACAGCAGGAAACACACCGGCUACAAGCCGUUUGGAUGUGACCUUUGCAGUAAAGGAUUUCAAAGGAAGGUGGAUCUGAGGAGACACAAGGAGACACAGCACGGACUCAAAUAAAACAUAAAGAUGCAACCAAUCCAUCCGAGGUGAUGUAAGGACACAGAAGGAGUAUGGAGAAAAACAAAACAAAAAUAAGACCGAACUGUAAAUAACUUGAUAUAAUUGUCAAUGUGCAUCGAGUUUGUGUGCAGAGUAGGGGUCCAUUUCCCUGAAUAUAUUUGUGGACACAAGUGACGUAAAGUAACAAUUUGAUAAAGUCCACGAUUCCUGUUGUGAGUCACAACAUAACCGACUGAAUAAAGGUGGCUCCGCUUCA